AUGCUGGGAAGGCGGCGGGUCUUCACCCUACAGCCGUUUGGCCGCCAGGAUGGUGGUUGUAAAGAGCUUCUGGGAGGUUGUGUGGUGCUUGGUGCUAAAAGCAUCUAUCUUCGUGUUCAUGACAUGCCCAGAAUACCCUCCACUGAGCCCCAGAAUGGUGACCGCAUGAUGAGAGGCUCCAGAGAACAGGCUUCAAGGGACUCUGGGGUGGAAAUGGGGGCAGAGGAAACUCCCCCCACUACCCCUCCUGGUUUUACUCUGGACUCUUCAAGCUUGGAACUGGGUGGGACGCCCAAGCUGGCCCCUGUCACCGUGGAACCCCCUGCAGACCUGGACCGGUUCCUGGCCAGCCAGAAACUACAGCAGGUGGUGGCGAGGUCCUGCUGGCCUCGAUCUUCAUCUACCACAGUACCCAAGUGUUGGCAGCGGAGUGAGCAGGAUCCUGAGGUGUCCCUAGAAAUAACUGGAGAUCAGAGUGAUUCUGUUGCAGAGGUUAGCUCAGAGCCCAGCCUAGCAGAAUCUUUGGUGGUGGGCUCCGAGUCUGAUGCCUGGGCUUGCCUCCCAGGGCAGGGGCUUCGAUACUUGGAGCACCUAUGCUUGUUGCUGGAGCGAAUGGCCAUGCUCCAACAGCUUCACCUGCAGCUCCAAGAGCAGUGCCAGCGGAUGCCAACUGGCAUGGAAGAGAUGAAUGAGAACUCAGUUCUUGCUCCCUUUCACCCUCGAUCCUCCUCCGUGUUGGAGCCUCAGGAAUUUCAGAGUCUAGUGGAGAAGACAGUGGAAGAGUCAGCUUUGCCUCGACGGGCAGAAGCACACAGUGUGAGCACACCAAACUUGCUAGAUGGACCAUCGGGGGCUGCCCGCACAAUCCCAUCCUAUCGAGGGCACAGGAAUACUCUCUCCCAUUGGAACAAAGUCAAAGCUUUGCUCAACAGGAUCCGAUGGAAGAGCCCUCAUGCCUCUGAAUCUAAUCUUGCUCAAGACCCCCCUGCCCCCAGAAGAGAUUCAGAGAAACUACCAGAAGGUCCCCUGCAUCACCCCCAACGGAGAGCCUUUAUGCCAAGUUUGGUGGCAAAGAAACAUGGAGCCAAGAACUUCUCAGUCUGUUGA